CUGUUAUUUUUGGAAAAAAAUUUCUGCAGUUGUUUGGAUAAGGAAAGUUACGAGACUCGCUGCCUCACGUGUGCGGCUCAGUGCUGCAGCUCCCUCCCUUGCCCCAACUGUAACUUUGUCAUGUUCUGCAGUGAGGAAUGUAGAGAACAAGGUAUUGCUAAUUUCCAUGAACAAGAGUGUGAGGUUUUGCCAGCUCUAGAAGCCUUCAGCGAUGAAUCGGCCACAUUAGUCUUUAGGUUGCUAAUGCAGCUGACAUUCCCUCGCCUCAAGGAACUGCUGCCCAUUCUGAAGCAGGAGGAAAAGACACUGCCUCCCGAGAAACGUGGAUUUAAUGAGGAAGGGAUAUAUGAUGCUGGAGACUUCCGGGCGAUAUAUCAUUUGUGUACUAACAAGCACCAUCGGUCAAGUCCGUUGAUUCUUAGAAUGUGCACAGUGGCUUUCAUCAUUACUAAGAUUCUGAUAGCCUGUAACAAGUAUUUCGUAGAUGGGCACGGGAAUCCCCUAUCCCCAAGUGGCGAGGAUAUCGCUCUCGUUGGGGGCACUCUGGUGAGGAUCCUGAUGGUAUUGAGGACCAAUAGCUUCGCUUUCAAGGAAUUACAGGUCUCUCUUUUUCGUAAUAGAGAUGUCCUCAAAACCUCCGUGGGAGUAAAACUCUGCUCUACUCUUAGUUUCUUGAAUCACUCCUGCAACCCAAGCGUCUACUCAAGUACCGGAAGUGGCAUCAGUGCCUCUCGAGCUUUCCGUUUCAUCCCAGCCGGCCAGGAAGUGACGACUUGUUAUGGCAGCACCUUUUACGAUCUCGAGAAGAGCGGGCGAUGGGAACGUCUGAAGGCCUAUUAUUUCACCUGUUGUUGCGAGGCCUGUGAGAAUAACUGGCCGGAAAAGAGUCAGCUCUCAUCCAAGCCGAAGAUGAAGUGCUUGGGAUGUUCAGAGCCAGUCAGUUGCAGGUCAGGCAAAUGUACCAAGUGUGACAAAGACGAGGGGGGACCUGAGUCUAACCUGACGGCAAAGAACCAAGAAAUCGGAAAGCAAAUCUUAGAUGCACUGAAGAAGUACCUUCACGUCCGCAACAGUGAGAGAUUCAUGGAUAGAAACGAUGAGAAAGACAUUGAGGUCAUCAGUAAAGCUAUUGAAAUUAUGGACAAAUAUAUGGUUCUGCCGUGUAAGUUUUAUUGUGACGCUCAAGACACACUGCAGAUUUACUAUAACCGAGUAGGCAAGUUCACUUACGUCAGCCCUGGGUCAGAUAAUAUGCUCUCUAACUAUUACUGGCCUCCGACCCCAUGAGGAAGAAUGGCUAGCACGCAACCAGCCACAAACCUUCAAAGAAGUUUAAGGUUUAAUUUACAUCAGCAAGAUGUUCAAUAGUUAUUUUUUUGUAUAUGUUUAGUUACUUCACAAAGCCUGUAAAUGUUAAACCUAAUUUAGAAUUUUGUUCUUCGUUCAAUUGCUAGAGAUAAAUAGUAUUAGAGCUUCUUUGUUUAAUCAUUGGAGUUAUUUCCAGUGAUUUGGAGCGAUUUGUUAAUUACUGGAUAAGAUUUGUUGUGGGGUAUUAAGUUAUAUCCCUCAUUUUGAUUACUUUUUUAUUUUUCUAAAAGACCCAGUCACGGUGUUGACUAGGAUGCAGGAUGGAAAAAAACCGUGAUAGUGUUGUAAGUUCUUUUCUCCAAAAAGUUUAUGUAGGUGAGAUCAACAGGGGAACAUGUGGCUCCGUCGAUAACCGUGAUGCGUCUAACGAGUAUCAAGUGUUGUCACGUAAUUACAUUGUUGCGACGCUAUAGUAAUCAUACAUAGGAGGAUAAGUAAUAUAAAUGAGAACAUAUUAGGUUAUACAGAAAUUACUAGCACAAAUGUCACUGUAGUUCUCACAUAUCUACAGAAUAUCGAGGAAUAUAGAAAGUUAUAUUCAGGAAGAUGUAUGGUCAAGGUUAUUCAUUGAGCACUUUCUUUAUUUCAGGUAAAUCUGAUGAUAUAAUAUGAUUGACUGAACUGAAGAAAUUGUUUCCAAUGUAGGCCUAUGUAAGGAAUCUCUCUCUCUCUCUCUCUCUCAUAAGGAUUUCGCUUCCUAUAUUUUAGUCCCGCCGUCUAAUAACUGUCCCCAUCACGAAGUGAUCGGAUGUAGAAUAGUAGAAUCACUGGUCAUGAGCACAUGAUCCACUUUGGUUCUUGUAAUCCUACCUUUGCGAGUACUUACUUUGUCUUAUUUAGAACCGAGGGAACUUACAUGGCCUUUAGAGCACCGGCGUGUCUGGCGGAAGAUUUUUGUACGUGUUGAUUGUAGUCAUUGCUUUUUCGUUGAUUCUACGAGUAGGACACAUAUAUACAUAUGUAUAUGUAUAUGUAUAUGUGUAUAUAUAGUAGGUAUAUACAUGUAUAUACAUAUAUAUUUAUAUAUACAUAUUUAUACAUGUAUAUAUACACAUACAUAUAUAUUACAUUUGUAUAUACAUACACAGACAUACAUGUGUAUAUAUACACAUACAUAUAUUAUUUUACAUAAUACGCGCACGCACACGCACACGCGCACGCGCACGCACACGCAC